UUUUAGAAUACAUAGAGUUAUCUAAAAAUGCCUUUACCAGACUAUGGACAUAUGAACAAGGAGAAAAAGACUCAUCAGGAUCUUGUAUUUGAAAUGGCUCCUGAGAUAGUGUCUGAUGAAGAAACUGAAAUGUUGAACGGGAAAAGAGUUCAUGUUCGCCGAGGAAAGGUUACAACUGGUAAGAUCGGGAUCGACCUGGAGAGAAAGCUUGUUAUAAACAAUGAUUCAGAUCCUAACAUUUGGAGAACAGAAGUUGAUCCCAGAGACAUUGAGGAUGCCAAAAAAUAUUCCAAUCCAAAUAGAAAGGUUUUAAAAGAUGAUGUUCGGAAAACCCUUGACUCGUUAAUUUCCGGCUCCAAACUCAACUCAAUAAAGUCUGUAAGACGACCUUCAGUAGCUGACCAGCCCCCACCCUCAGCAGAAUAUAAUAAAAAUGUUAGAUUUUCCCUUCCGGCAAAUAAUAGGCAGUCUGAAGAAAGUGUGACAGGGGUUUCCAUCCAACCAAGUGGAACAUACAGAAUAGGUGAUGGAGGGCCCCGAAAUAGUCCUGCAAGAUCAAGUAUAUCUCCAGGACGAGUAUCUCCAAGUAAACCAGGAGCUAGGGGAUCUACUCCUCCUAGUGUAGGACAGAGGGUGGAUCCAAGAUAUCAAGGAAUCCAACCUAGGCAAACUCUGACCCAGGCCUAUCAUGCUAAGGCAGUAGUUUCCCGGGGUCCCACUGGGGUUAGUGCACCUAGAGUCGGAGGGGAAGCAGUCGGAGGAGCUGGAGGCAUCGGAGGAGCUAGCUCUGGAUAUUCAUAUUCUCAGGUGUCACAGACCAGAACUUUUAGUGCACAUGGUAUCAGAGGUCUAAACUAAAUCUCAUCAGAUCUGGUAUCAGAGGUCUAAACUAAAUCUCACCAGAUCUGCUAUCAGAGGUCUAAACUAAAUCUCACCAGAUCUGGGAUCAGAGGUCUAAACUAAAUCUCAUCAGAUCCGGUAUCAGAGGUCUAAACUAAAUCUCAUCAGAUCUGGUAUCAGAGGUCUAAACUAAAUCUCAUCAGAUAUGGUAUCAGAGGUUAAAACUAAAUCUCAUCAGAUCUGGUAUCAAGGUCUAAACUAAAUCUCAUCAGAUAUGGUAUCAGAGGUUAAAACUAAAUCUCAUCAGAUCUGGUAUCAGAGGUCUAAACUAAAUCUCAUCAGAUCUGGUAUCAAAGGUCUAAACUAAAUCUCAUCAGAUCGGGUAUCAGAUGUCUUGACUAAA